CUCUGGAGCACAUAAGUGUGUGCAAACUCAAUGCGGAUAGAAGAAACGACACCAGCAAUGACCUUAGAGAAGUGUGUAAUGCUGUCUGACAAUCUGGGAAGGGUUUAACCCGGAAGUAGUCUGUUUGCUGUCAAUGCCAAGCACAGAGAGAAGGAGGCACCGAGAGCUAGAAGCACGCAUUUAAGACGAAAUGGCAGGACUGCCCCGCAGGAUUAUCAAGGAAACCCAGCGCUUGCUUGCGGAGCCCGUGCCCGGCAUCAAGGCAGAGCCCGAUGAAGGCAACGCGCGCUACUUCCACGUGGUCAUCGCCGGACCUCAGGACUCGCCGUUUGAGGGAGGCACGUUUAAACUUGAACUCUUUUUACCCGAAGAAUAUCCCAUGGCGGCUCCUAAAGUCCGCUUCAUGACCAAAAUAUAUCAUCCCAACGUGGACAAGUUGGGAAGAAUAUGUCUGGACAUUUUGAAAGAUAAAUGGUCACCAGCUCUGCAGAUUCGAACGGUGCUGCUAUCCAUCCAGGCAUUGCUAAGCGCACCCAAUCCCGAUGAUCCCUUAGCAAAUGAUGUUGCAGAGAAGUGGAAGUCCAAUGAAGUUGAAGCCAUUGAAACAGCCAAGACAUGGACCAGGCUUUAUGCCGGAAACAAAAACGAAGUGUAAAGCCGCCUCGCCGGCGGAGACACGAGUGAAAAGUCAAGUGAACACAACUCAUGUGCUGCCAAGACCUCUUCUGGCUUCAUUUGCAUUUAAAGGACACAGUCUUUUAUUUUUUAUAUAUAAAUAUAUAUGUGAAAACAACUGCUGAUAUUCUGUGAUUUCAAUGCACACCUAGUGCUGAAUGACUUGUCGAUGUCCUAACUCACUACUAUUCAAAUGCAUGGGCAGAGGUUUUAGAUCUACUCACCUGGCUUUCUUUGUCCAAAUGGGAGGAAAAGGUGUGUUAGCGCCCCGUAUGUCCGGGGGGGAGGGGGAGAGGAUUUUGGCUUUGGUGGGGAAGGAGACGCAGCAGACUGAAGUGAAGAUGAGAGGUUGGGUAGAUGUGGAGGAUGUACUUUUUUUUUUAAUGUUUUUUUUUUAUUUUAUUGUGUUGCGUCGCUGUUUGUUUAGUAAAAGCAUCUAACUACAACUACUAGCCCACUGUAUACACUUGCGUAGAGGAUUUUAUCCUGUGUAGAUCUCUGCUUUAAGUGCCAUCUGGGUUCAUUAGCUGCACUGUAAUAGGACUAAAAACCAAACUGAGCCUACCACUGUCCUUCGUACCUCCAUUAACUUAGAUGGUCCCGUAAAGCCUCUGGACGGUGAGAGUUGGAGACGAAUAUUGUGGACCUUUUCUUUAUUUUUCAUGCAUACAUUGUAUUAUAGUGAUAUUUUUUUUAUAUAUAUAUGAAAAUGCACCCCCCCCCUCCCCCCCUUCCUCUACUAACUUUUACUUUUUCUUCCUUUUGAGUCUACAAGGCUCAGUUGUUUCCCUGCUCCCGUUCGUAUUUAUUUCACAGAGGAGUGGUUACACUUGAGCCAGGAGACGUCCUGGAACAGGCGCCGGGACCGGAGCUUCCUGGGUAGCGUUGAGACGAUGGGACUGUCCAUGAAUAAGACUCCACACAGACCAGCGACAGCGCUGACUCCAAACUGUUGUGAUUGGUUCAGUGUUCGGUUCAGUGUGUAAAUGUGUUCUUCAUAACUCCGAAGAGGGAGGCAGUCUGCCGCUCCAAAUGUUAUGAAGCUGUUCAACCCACAUACUGUUAUGUUCUGUAAAUACAAUUGUUGGUUUAAUAAAAGCAGGCGUGUGUGAUUCUUAAGGGUACACGACGUGGGAUUAGUAACGUAAAUGUCAGUAUUUGCACAUCUGAGUUGAAUUCCCAUUUUGAAACCAAGGCGGACCUUUUUUCAGCUUUAUUUAAUUUGAGAUAUCGGAGUCAGAAAUGACUCAAAAAGAUGCAACUCAUUUUGCCUUUAUUUUAGGUUGGUGUGAUUCAAGUGUAACUACUGUCCUCCGCCACUAGAGGGAGCCACUGAUCUGUGGGUCCACAGGCAUUACUGCACUGGUCUGUAACUAAUAGAGGCACCAGGCUUUAACUAACCCUAAAGUGUUUAUGGCUUGUUUUCUUUGGAUGAAUACAAAAAAAUAAAAAUUAACAUUGUUUCAUGCAACAACUAACAGGCAAUAAGCAGAAAGAAGACAAACAUGGUGACUUCAGCAUGUAUUGAUUUGAAUGUGUAUGUUAAAAUUACUGUCCAAAAGUCUGACAUCAGUUUGAGAUAAAUAUACAUCUACU